AUGGCGAGAGAGUUUGUGGUUUCAAUACCUAUGGAGGAAGGUGAACCACUUGGUGCUAUACCGAAUGAUAAACUUAUAAUCACUAAAAUUCAAAGUGGAACUUUGGCAGAAGGCAAACUUAAAGUAGGUGAUCAGGUGCUUAAGGUAAAUGGUUCUAUAGUCCAAAAUUGUACUCAUUUCUUUCAAUUAUUACGAUAUGCACCACCAGUAGCAUCACUUUUGGUCGUGAGAGAUAAAAAAAAAGCUGCUGAAAUAGAAACACAGUGCUUAAUACCACGUGAUAGGAUGAAAUUGGUUGCACGCCGAGAUGGUUUCAGUUAUUUUCUAGCACGGAUAAAUUGGAUUCCAAAUGGAUUAAAACUUGGCCUGGGUGUUAAGCAUUAUCAGAAUCGAGUACUUGUUUCUCGAUGUGAUCGUAAUUCUUUAUCAGCGCAAUGUUUGCUAGUAGGUGACCAUUUACUUGAUAUUGAUGGAAAACCAGUUACGGACAAAGAUGUAUGCCGUGAAUUGCUUAUAAAAAGUCUUCAAACUCAACACUUCGUAACAAUUGUUGUUGAACGUCCGGAAAGUGUAGAAGCAAAACUUUGGAUUCAGAAAGCAUUAGCUGCAUCUGUUCAAGUUCCAUCAGUUGCAAUGAAUAGCGAUGUAAGAAAAAUUGCAGCACGUGAAAAAGCUAGAUUAAAAAAUUUGCCUGCGCCUAAGAAAAGUUGCCUUAGUAAAAACCGAAGAGUAUUCAAGCAAGUUAGUAUAGACGACAAAAAUUUCUCCCAGUAUGUGAUCGCUAGUGACAGUGAAGGCAAAAACUUGCGCCCAGUUCGCAAAUGA